AUGUCUUUUUACUUCUUUUUCUCAUUCUCUGUCUUUCUCUUUUCUAAUCUUCCUCCCCCUGUCUCUAACUAUUUUCCCUUCUUUUUCCCAUUCUCUGCCUUUCUUUAUAUCUUUUCUCUUCUUUUUCUCAUUCUCUGUCUUUCUGUAUGUCUUUUCCAUUCUUUCUCCUAUUCAAUGUCUUAUUCUCUCCUUUCCUUUUGCUCUCUCAUUCUAUGUCCUCCUCUAUAUCUUUUCUCGUCUUUUCUUUCUCUAUUUCUUUUCCCUUCUUUCUCCCAUUCUCUCUUUUCCUUUUUCUCUAUCAUUCUAUUUCUUACUCUAUUUCUUUUCCCUUCUUUCUCUCAUUCUAUUUAUUUCUCUACAUCUUUUUCCCUUUUACCCUCUUUAUAUUUUCUCCUUUUCCUUCACCUUGGCAUCACAACCAUUUUUUCUCUCAUUCUGAACUUUGGGGAAUUGUAUUGUCAGGAUAAAUUUCUUCAUGGUGAAAUUAUUUUCUUUAUGGUCCGAUACUCUGAAAUCACAAUGCAUUAG